GGGUUGAAAUUCUUCGUACGAUAUUUAGUUAUAUUUAAUCGAUCAAAAUGUUACGGGCAAAAAAAAAGAAACGUAAAGCUAGAGGGAAGAAGAUAAAAAAGAAAUGCAUAGACGAAAGGGAGACGUUGACUUACGAACAAGAGAUUUUGGAUAACAACAGACAGUUGGCACGAUUAAGAACUCGAAACCAGGAGCUAGAGGAAGCAGCGGGGCAAGUGAAGGAAAAAUUUCGACAAUUGGAAGAGGAUCGAUCGGAUGUUAUCGCGCAUUUGAAAAGAAAUUUGGAAGAGAAAAUAAAAGAGUCGAAGGAACUAGCUGAGCGGCUCUCAGCCGUGGAAGAAUUACGAAAGGAUGAAUUGGCUGUUUAUAAGAAGAAAGAGGAAGCGAUGCAACUCGAAUAUCGCACGAUGGAAAAUAAUUUAAGUGCCGAAAUCAAAUUGGCUGCUGGUAAAUUAAACGCGUUGGAGGACUGGCGAUUGGCGCGGAUCGAUUUAUUACAGAAAUUCGAGAUCCAAGAGAAGGAAAUCGCCGAACAAGAAAAGCGACACCAGGAAGAACUUUACGAAGCCGAGAAGUCUGUAAUCAUUGGGAAAGCAAUGAUGAAAAAGGAAAUGGAGGAACGUUUGAACACAUUGGACGCAUCACUUCGAAAAGCAACAAGUAUGCGAGUGGCGGAGGCCACUCAUCGCGCGAUUCGAGAAAAUGUGACACUGAAUCACGAGCUCGAUGUGCUCGAAAGGACCUGCAGGGAAUUAAAGGUCACCAGCAACGAAAACAAGGAAGUCGAGCGUAUUUUGAGGUUACAGUGCGAACUGUUCGAGACGGAAUCGAAAGUAACUUUACAAAUGGCAAUGAAACAGAGAAACACGAUUCACAAACUGGCGAACGAUAUCCAAUCAAUGAUGUUGCAUUAUGGACAAGUAGAAAGAGAUAACGCGCGAAUUGUCGAAUACGAAAGAAUCGCUGAAGAUUUUAAGGAACAGACUAGAAAAAUGGAACAGAAAAUUGAAUUUUUAAAGAGGUGUAUUUUGAAGACUAGAAACGAUAAGGAACAACUGUUGCUGAAUGUUCGCGAAAGGGAAAAAGUAUUAAACGGGCUUAAAAGUCUUUUAAAUCGCGCAAGGAGUUGCAUUAAGGAGGCUCUGGAGCUCGAAGGAGAUAUUUCGUGUGAGAAUUAUUGCGCGUCGCAUUUGAAACAGCAAUUGCUCCAGAAUCUUUGGGAAAUAUUGGAAGAUGAUAAUAUCACAUCUAUCAUGCACCAUACUGUAUCACAAAUUGAAAAUAUAGAUUGCCGCUAUUCAGAAGGGAAUUUGGGCCUUGUAGUACCUGCAAAGACUUGUAAAUGCAAGAAGGAAGAAGACAAAGAAGAGAAUAUUCAAAAUUAUAGCACAGAAGGUGAAUCAUCAGAGAAUUUUGAAGAAAGGCAACCAUCUUGCGUUUACAGUGAUAUUAGUUCUGAUAUUCGCUCUCCGGAAGAAUCAAUAACUAAUUUUCAGUUAUAA